UAUGUCUGUGUUUUGGCACAAAAUUACCAGUUUCAAACUAACCGCUCAGUUUUCAAAUCGACUAGUUGUACUCUGUCGAGUUGUGAGUUUGUGAACGUAACUUUUGCAUUUCUGGACCAGUUUUCGCUCAGUGCUUUUUUUUAAAAACGGCUUUCGCAACUAUCCCGACUACACUCCAAAAAAAUGAUAGGUGACAAUGGUGAUAACCACAGAAUUUCCAUCAACGCGCUCAAAGGCGAAGGUGACCUGCGAGGAGUCGCUGGCGGCGGUGGCGGCGGCCGCAAUGCGGUCUAUACAAAUGAGGCCCUAAGUGAAUCUACCAUCAGCAUGAACCCACCCAACGAAUUUGUAGGCAGCAAUGACUUCAUUUUGGUUGACGAGAACAAAACCCAUUCGACUAAGGAUGCAAUUAAAAGUAUAGUACCGUGGAUGAAGAGGAAAGCGAAAGGAGCGUGCACCAAAAAAAUGUUAUAUAGGCGUUUACCGAUACUGAGCUGGCUUCCUAAAUACAACAGCUCAGAUGCUAUUGGUGACUUAGUUGCGGGUAUUACCGUAGGACUCACUGUCAUACCUCAAUCUCUAGCAUAUUCCAAUGUCGCCGGACUUCCAGCGGAGUACGGCUUAUAUGGUUCCUUCCUAGGCUGUUUCGUGUACAUAUUCUUCGGUAGCUGUAAAGACGUUCCGGUUGGCCCAACCGCGAUUGCUUCCCUUUUGACAUUCCAAGCGGUUCGCGGCCAUGGACCAGCACAUGCCAUACUUCUCUGUUUCCUGACGGGCCUCCUGGAGCUACUCAUGGGCCUGCUCGGACUAGGUUUUAUAAUUGACUUCGUCUCGGGCCCGGUGUCAUCGGGCUUCACGUCGGCGGUCGCCCUAAUUAUAGUCACAUCGCAAGUCAAAGAUAUUCUCGCGAUCAAAGUGUCCGGUUCGACCUUCGUCGAACAAUGGAUCAGCAUAUUCUCCGAGGUUCAGAACUCGUCCGUCUGGGACGCGGUCUUGGGAAUCAGCUGUAUCGCAGUUCUCCUAAUCAUGAGGAUAGUCGCCACAAUCAAGAUCGGUCCUACUGAAGUUCCAGCCGAUGAAAAGUGCCCGGAGGAGGACAAACCGACAAUCUUCCACAAGAUCGUCAACAAAUUCCUAUGGAUGUUCGGCACCUCCCGAAACGCAAUUUUAGUCGUGAUUGGAGGAUUUAUCGGCUACUCAUUUUAUGUGAACGGAACACCACCGUUCAAACUAAUCGGAGACAUACCCCAAGGCCUACCUGACUUUAAAGUGCCGUCCUUUGGAUAUACGGAGGGCAAUAACACGGUCAGCUUCACAACCAUGGUGUCCGACCUGGGAUCUGGGAUUAUAGUAGUUGCAAUGAUAGCUCUGCUUGAGAACAUCGCCAUAUGUAAAGCAUUCGCAAAUGGAAAAACUGUGGAUGCCACCCAGGAAUUGAUCGCGAUCGGUUUAUGUAACAUCGCCAACUCUUUCGUGCAAGGCUACCCAGGAACCGGUAGCUUAUCCCGAAGUGCCGUAAAUAACGCCAGUGGGGUCCGUACACCCUUUGGCAGUUUCUACACGGGGUUGUUGGUGAUCAUAGCGUUGCUAUUCUUCACCCCGUACUUCUUUUACGUUCCAAAAGCUGCGUUGGCAGCCGUGAUUAUUGCAGCCGUCGUCUUCAUGGUGGAAGUAAAAGUUGUCAAACCCAUGUGGAGAACAAAAAAGAGCGAUCUCAUCCCGGGACUUGGAACAUUCAUAGCCUGUCUCCUUCUGCCUCUCGAAAUUGGAAUACUAAUAGGAAUUGGCAUCAAUUUACUCUUCAUUCUCUACCACGCUGCACGCCCCAAAAUCACAGUCGAAAGACUAACGAGCCGAACGGGUAUCGAGUACCUGAUGCUAACCCCAGAUCGCUGUCUCAUCUUCCCUUCAGUAGACUACGUACGAAAUUUAGUAACCAAACACUCAAUACGACAAGCAGCACCGGCCGUAAUCGACUGCUCCCACAUCUACGGCGCCGAUUACACCGCUGCAACGGUCAUUGAAACCUUAACCAAAGACUUCGCCGGACGAGAUCAGCCGCUCAUUUUCUACAAUUUGAAGCCAAGCGUUUGUGCGGUAUUCGAGGGACUGUCGCCAAAAGAGUUCGUUGUCUGUUACACAGAAGACGAGUUAGAUAGGUUGCUAAAAAGCAGAAAUGAUUACAAGCCAAAAGAUGUUCUACAAGUGUGAUCUUUGGUGUACUUGCAAUAAGUAUUAUAAUUAAGUAGUUUUUAACUUCUAUCGUAUGAAUUCCUUCAGUACAUCUUAAUAGUAUUAAAAUGUGUAAGGGCAAAUGUAAAAUUUCCAAUUAAGUUAUUGUACUUAGUAUUAUUACGUAGGAUGAAUGUUCUAAUUGUGCACCUAGUUUAGUUAUUUAUACUGUUAACUGUGAUAAUUUUUUGAGACGAAAGUAAAAACACACAUUUCAUAA